AUGUCCCAACCGACACCCUACACGAUCUCCGUCCCUGAUGCUGCUCUACAGGAGCUCAAGCAACGCCUUACCUGGGCCAAACUCCCCACCCAGUUUGAAUCUCCAGACCAAGAUUCAUGGGACUUUGGUGUUCCUGCCAAAGACAUAGCGCGACUGGUGACAUAUUGGAAAGAUCGUUAUGACUGGCGAAAAGCUGAGGCUCAGUUGAAUGAACUUCCCCAGUAUCACACCGAAGUUGAAGUUGACGGAUUCGGUAUACUGGAUAUCCACUUCGUUCAUCAGGUUAGCCCUGUAAAGAAUGCCAUUCCCGUACUCGUAGGUAUUGGCUUAUUGCGGGGGCCGGGAUCAUUUAUCGAGGUGAAGAAGCUGUUGCCACUACUACAUGGUGAUGACAAAAAUCCAGCAUUCCACGUUGUGGCACCUUCGUUGCCCAAUUUUGGUUUUUCUUCUGGGGUUACAAAGCGCGGAUUCGGUUGGGCUCAGUAUGCCGAGACGUUUCACAAACUCAUGACCAAACUUGGGUAUUCCGAAUAUGUCACGCAAGGUGGAGAUCUAGGUCAUUUCAUCACUAGGAGUAUGGGCCAUCUAUACCCAGAGCAUUGCAAAGCUUCUCACCUGAACAUGAUUGCCGCUCUGCCGCCGAAGUGGACCUCGAAUCCACUCUUAGCUCUACAACAUAGCAUUCAACCAUACAGCGCCUACGAAAAAAAUGGCCGACAGCGAUCUGGAUGGUUUCAACGAGAAGGCUUCGGAUACAACCUACUACAAAGUACGAAGCCCCAAACAAUCGGCACAGCGUUGGCAGAUAGUCCCGUUGCACUGCUAGGCUGGGUCUACGAGAAACUUCACGAUUGGUCGGAUUCUUACCCCUGGACUGAAGACGAGAUCUUGACUUGGGUGUCUAUUUAUUGGUUUUCGGUGGCAGGCCCAGAGGCUAGCGUUCGCAUCUAUUAUGAAAGCUUUCACGCUCGGCCUGGUAAGGAUUUAGCCCACGAUAAGCUCAGGGAGUAUCUGCCCAAUGUUAAAUUGGGGCUUGUGCAUUUCCCACGUGAAAUCAUUGUGGUUCCUCGUACUUGGGCUGCUGGAUUGGGUCCUGUUGUCCAGCAGACUGAAUAUGAUUACGGUGGACAUUUCGCUGCCUGGGAAGUUCCUGAAAUUAUUACUCAGGAUCUUCAGGCCAUGUUCAAGAAGGACGGACCUUGUUUUGGUAUUGUAUCCGGAAGAAAUGGGUAUUGA